CCACUGUCUUAAAACCUUUCUCUCUUGCUUAAUAACGUAAUAACAUUAAACUUUUACUCUCUUUUUUUUUCUUUUCUUUUCUUUGGAUUUCAAUAACCUUAAUCUUUUUUUUUUGACUCUCUUCCUAUCUCAAACGAUGUCGAUCUCGCCGGUGCUUUUUAUUGGUUUGAUUUGCCUUGCAGGCGUUGGCUCUCUUUUUCCCUCGGCGGAGGCUAUAUGGUUAACGGUUCCAACAUCAGGAGAGAGAUGCUUCUACGAAGAGAUCCAAGCCGACGUCAUCGUUGUCUUCGAUUACAUUUGCAUCGACGAGGGUUUCACUCAACUUGGUCCAACACUUGAUGUUCGGGUAACAUCUCCGUACGGGAAGGAACUGUACAAGACAGCAAACGUGACGCACGGCCAGGCUGCGUUCACAACGAGCGAGACUGGAACAUUCUUAGCUUGUUUAUCAAUGCAUCACGAUCAGACACAUCACUCACUCAAUAACUCUGUUAUCGUCAGUAUUGAUUGGAAAACGGGUAUCAGAACCAAAGACUGGGAUUCUGUUGCUAAGAAAGAAAAGAUCGAGGGCGUGGAGCUUGCGGUUCGAAAAUCAACGGAAAUAGCGAGAGCUAUUAGGGCCAACAUACUCUAUUUACGAAUCAGGGAAGCAUAUAUGAGGGAUAUAAACGAGAAGACAAACAAGAGGAUAGCGCAGCUAAGCUUAAUGUCUCUAGGACUUGCUAUUGUCGUUUCAGUUACUCAAGUUUGGCAUCUCAAACGCUACUUUCUCAAAAAGAAGCUCAUAUAACUUCACUCUAUAUUAUUACUAUAUAUUUUAGAAAAUUUGCAGUCUUAUGCUUUUUAAUUUUAUUUUGGGAUGGUGUAACUAUAGAGUCAUAUCAAAUCAAUAAAGAGAACACGCACAUGCUAUUGUGCAUGAUACUAUGUUUUUCUAUA